AUGCAGUCUUCAACAAGGGCCGAGUUAUCAGGAAAACUGAUAAAGCCAACACACGGUGCUAAAGCUUUUAAGGAAAAAUUUGUUGAAAUUUACGAAAAUUUCUUCAAGGGAAAUGAUCCAUCAACUGGACAACCUCAUUUUUGGAGCGAGUUAUUUCUUCUUAAAGUUAAUGCGCCGUAUUUAACGAGAUGUCUUACCGAAAUCUCUCAAGAUCAAUUAUUAGCAAUCAAAGCAUGUAUUGGCAACAUUAAUAAAAUAUUUUUAAAUUCUAUUGAAAUGAUGAAAGAUGAAACUUCUAAACGCAAAAUUAAUGCCAUUGAGACACUAUGCAUACUGCUCCAAGGAAUUUUUGUCAAAAAAUUUAACAAUUUUAGCUCUGAUGUUAUCAAUUUGUUGACCGGAUUGAAUAAUGCAGACACAGUUUUUACUCAAUUGGUUGAUGCAAUCAAACACUUAUUGGAAGAUGAUGAAACAGUAAUCAAAUAUGAAGCAUUGCGUCUUGCCAUCGUGGUUGUAUGCGGAAAUAAUAAUAUCAACCAAAACAGUAUAAAUGAAUUCUUUAUGAGAAAUGAUAUUUUUGAUCCACUUAUCAAGAUAAUAAUUGCGCCUGAAACUUCUUAUGUGGCUUAUGAAGCUAUAAUGUUAUUGGGAAUAUUGGCAAAUUAUAAUAAGCAUGAAUCUAAAAAUCCAUAUAUGGCAAAAAUUAUCGCAAUUAAGGAUGAAACUGUUUUUAAAAAAAUAUUGGAUACUGUAGCAUCAACAUGCAAGAAAUGUCGCAAUUAUUAUAUUGAAAUUCAAGAUGAUGAAGAGACUUAUAAAUAUUCAGUUUCAUCAGCCUUAUCAUAUGUUGGUGCUAUCUUACCAUGGGGAAUGAGCGGUAGUACAAAAGAACAACAUGAUAUUUCUGAUCCUGAUCAAGCUUUUAAUCAAUUGCCAUCAGCAAACAUUGCGAUUCUUUUAGUUUAUUAUGAUUUUGUUAACAAUAAUAAGGGAUUUGUUGCAUACAUAUCAAAGUCGAUAGCAGAAUAUCAAAUAAAUUCUGAAUCAGAAACAAAUUCGUAUGGACCUUAUUUUCUUGAUUUUCUUUCAUUCGCGUCCUAUCUUGUACAGCACAACCGCUCUGCACGCACUGCGAGCUAUGUUAAGUUGUCCUUACUUGUGCUUCUGAUCUUGACUGAAGACGUAACAUUUGAUAGUCGUAUUUCUGAUGAACGGAAAAGUUACUAUGUGAGGCUUUGUCGGCAGCGACAACCUUUACUACCAAGCGUAAGAAAUCCACGCCCUUUAGUUUGUGCAAUAUUAGAUAUCUCUUUAGGCUUUAUAAAUCAUAAUAUGCGAAAAAAAUUGCAGAUAGAUUUAUAUAGUUUGGUCUUGGGAAUUAUCCAACGAAUAAUGUUAUAUCACAAAAAAUUUAAAGUUGUAUUAUCAUAUCAUUGGUCAGAAUUAUGGCAUUCUUUGAUAGGGUUACUCAAAUUCAUUCACUCCAACUAUGACAAUUUCCAACAAGAUCGUUCAUCAAUCAAUGAAAUAUUGAUUUCAGCAAUAACCACUAUAAAUCUGUGUAUCUCAUUUGGUGAUUCAUUUUUUCCGGAUGCAGUAACUUAUGAUAAAUUAUUUUAUGAGAUAGUAAGGUCAAAUGAAGUUUUUGAAGGUUUAAGUAAAAUAGUCAAUAUUCAAGACCCAGUUAAACCUUCACAAAAAUUCUCGCCAACUGAACAGGCUUUUGUUAAUAUAAAUACUAUUUGCCAACAUUUUCAUUUAAAAAUAGAGGCUUGGAAAGCGGCUAAUCGAGCCCAAACAUUGCUCCCUGAGCAGGUCUUGGCAAUUAUUAAUGCAAAUUAUGAUAGCCUAAAUUUAAUUACACCUGAAAAACUUGAUAAUUACACUUCUUAUAGUGAAAUACCAUAUCAUGUGCCUUUUGUUAGGCAGGUUUUGAGAUUGGUAGUUGAAGAUUUCAAGAGGCGUGAAGUGUUAUUAGAGUAA